UUCCAAUACUAACCGAUGACAGGUGGCCUGGCACGAGGUUUUUCGUUUCCCACAAUCUUUGCGAGUAAUCAGAGCGAUGGACCUAUUCCGGCGUAAUCCCCUGCUGGAGGUGACCAAGUGCGAGAUGUGUCCCAAGCCGGUGUACCACUUUGUGACCGGACUGUGUGCCCGAUGUCUCACCAUUUGGGCCGGGAGGAAGCAGCAGGACGCGAUGCGAAUCACCUUGGACCAAUCGCGCGCUCUCCUCGUGGGCAUGGUCCGGGAUCCCGAGGACCUGAGUCAAAUGGAUCCCGUCUUCCGGCGGGCGAUAGAGGAGACGCGUAUGCAGCGCGCCCAGAAAGUGGAGCUGUUCCAGAGGGUUCGCCAGCAGUUCCAGCUCACCGUUCUCACCGCUCCGUUUCACGACCCAAGUCCAAAGUAUGUCGUCAACGAGGAUUACUGGAAUGUCGCGGAAAUCGAAGACAUCGAGGUGAAGAUGUUCCAGCACGAGGUCGACCAGCUGAGCGAUGUACCCCGUCAGUCACUCGAUGACCUCGACCAAAACAACAACGGAUGUCCGCAGAAAAAAAGCUAGAAUAAAAUAAUAAUAAAAUAAAUUAAAGUAGCAAUAUAAUAAAAUUAAUUAACAUAAGAUUCUAUAUUUUAAUUAUAUAGAUUUUUAACAGAUGCCUUUAUCAGGUUAAUAUUAAAAACUUUAUAAAAAUUGUAUUUUGA